UGCAUCCAGCGUCUGUUUGAUGUACUCGGUAUAUGCUUACUGUGAAAAUUGAGUGUGGGGGCAGUUAACAGAAUUAUGGAUAAUGUUACUGUAUUCAAAGUACGACUUGAUGGGUCUGUGUUACCUGUCCUUGAUGGUAACUGCAGCGUUACAUCGGGUGAUUAGACGUACAAUCAUGAUAGACUUGGCUCAUCAUGUCAGCAUAUUUUUUUAUUAUUAUUGUUGUUUUCACCUUAAAUGACAAUUUUAACACAACAUAGGCCAUCAGAAUUUAAGCAGGAACACAUGCUCCAGCAUUUUAUUGCAUUGCUUACAAAUGCUGUGCAAAUCAAAUAUAUGAUUUAAACGUAAUAGUUUAUCACUUAACACUCCACUACAGUGGCAUUAAAUAUACCACUCGACUCUGAAAAGGCCACAUUUGGCAUUGAUCAGAGUAAAUAAUGUGCAUGAGCGCAACGCUGUACCUGCACCUUGCAUGCCAUGUGCAACAAUUGUACAUAAAUAUUUCCUUUAAUUUUCAAAUCCCCCCAUUUCUUUGAAAAAACUGAUAACACUUGCACAAUAUGGUGAACAUUAUGAAGUGUUUUCAAGAAUAUAAAUGACAAAUGUAAAGAAAAACGUUAAUCUUGUAUUAAACUGGGGGAAAAUUCGGUGAUUGCAUUUUGAAACGUGUGCUAUUACAUGCAACGUUUUUGUAUUCUUAGCUGGGCAGCAUCUUUUGGCUGUCCUUUUCCCUGCCAUCCUGUGCAACCUCCCUUCUGAGCGGCUGCACAAGUGAAGGCAGGGACAGCUUGGGUUCCGUUCGCAGAGGCCUGUCGUGAAGGGGAAGAAUGUAAAUAGCAGAGCAUCAAUAUGUGAGUGAAAUCCCAAAGAUUGGGUACACUUCCACUGUUGAAAGUGACAUUAUCCUGGCACCAGGAUCAAUUCACUGGACAUGGGUUAUGAUCUUGCUAUUGAAUAACACUUUUUUGUAAAUCACUUGGGGGUGUGCCUCAAACUCUAUCUGUAUAAUUAUGGAAUACCAUUUGUGAAACAAAAGUACAUAACAUGGCUGUUGUAAUUUGGAGAGAGGCAUGAGCAAGCUUGUAAUUGCUGAUCCACCCCUACUGGACAUCUGUGAAAAAGAGCUUUACAGCUCAUCAGAUUCCUCCAGGAUAAAUAAAUAUUCUGAAAGCAAUGGCUUGGCAGUAAUGAAGGCUAGCAGAGAUGUUUUGUAAUUGCAUAGAUCAUUAACUACCUUUCAUUGCUGAAAACAAAAGCCUAGGUAGGUAUAUGGUUAUGUGCAUAAUUUUUUCACUUGGAAUUUGUAUUUAUAAUCUUAUACAUAAUGAUAAUAAAGGUCCAUUAUGGUUUGCUUUUCGCCCAA